GAAGGUCAAACUCCUUAGACAGAUCUUCUGCUUCAAGCAUUUGCUUCUAUUUCACCUUUUGUUUUCAUCUGCGACUACUCGAGGGACGGUGCACGCGCGUCAGACAAAAUGGUGAUGAUGGGCAGCAUGCAGCAACGGCGCGGGGGGUUAAGGUCCAAUGCUCGACAGUUGUUGGCAGUUUGCAUGAGCGGAGUUGUGUUUUUCUCUAGCGGACAGGCUGUUGCUGAUAAUCUUCUUGAAGGACUCCUGCAUCGGACUUUGCAGCAACAAGUGGAGGUGACUUCAAGGCUAACCGUAGCGGGUUCAGAUGCGAAGUGUGAUUUCUUUACGCCAGCCACACAAGAUUCCCCCCCAGUUAGUGGCAGCUUGACGUUGUCCAAAGGAAGGAUGACGGCCACUUUUGAAUGUUCUGCUACGCAGGCACUGAGCAUAUCUACGAUACCGACUAAUAUUGAGCAGAACGUGUGCGAUCCCAAGAAGACAACAAAUGGAACGGUGUGCCAGUUUGGGGCAAACGGCUCGGCAGGCACAGAAGUAACGCUGAAAGACUUACUUGAAACAGACCGCAUUGUUAAUUGGAAAGUGAACGAACAGAGAGAAGAGAGCAACAAGUCGCAAAAGUGGUCGUUGGAGCUGCAUAACGAAGACCUUCCUUUAACUGACAAGGCGUUCGUCGUCGGUUGUCAAGCCACUUCCGCUGCCAGAGGUACAGAAUCCGGCAAAACGGCUGCCUGCAAACUCACGGUGAAUGUGGAAGCGAGGGCUUCUUCUCUUGCAGAAAAUAACGUUGUGACCUGCGCAUACGGCAAAGGCAGCAAUCCGAAUCCCGUGGAGGUGGAGAUGUCAACGGAGAAAAACACACUGACCAUUAACUGCGGCAGCGACGGUUCUCUCCAGCCGACGACAUACGCAGAAGAGUACUGCGUCGCAGACAGUAAAGACGUGAACAGAUGUUCGACAACGAGGUUUGUAGAGAUUUUCCCCAAGUUCCUGAAGAGCUGGUGGGUGACAGAGACCCAGAAACGGACUUCAGCUACGCUGACUAUUCCCCAGACGGACCUUCCCGAGGCGGACCAGCAGUUCCUUGUGGGCUGCGUCCCCAAGAAGACUGCUCCUGAGGACCCCAAGAAAGAUAAGGAAAGUGGAACAGAGACCGGCGCGCCAACGAGUUGCACUGUGCUGGUAACUGUCAAAGCCGCGAGCUCUGCUUCCCACGCAUCACCAACUGUGCAAAUCUUGGCUGCAGCCUCUAGCGCGGCCGCCGUGACGGGGUUCAUUGUUAGUUCCUUGGGAGUAGGUUGGUGAUCCCAUGUCUUCUCGUGUGUUCAACGUUUCCGCAUGAUCUUAUAGUUUCUGCUAUUGGCUGUGGCGUGCCUUAUCCUUUCAGUGACAAAUUACGAACGUCGUGCCCAGAGCGUGUGGUAUCAUGUGGUAAGUUCAUGCGGCG